AUGAUCAAGGUGCAAUUUGGGCAGCAAACCGAAAAUCUGCGUCGUUGGCGCCUUUACGUGGGCGGUGGUGCUUUUUCGGGAAUCAUGUCUGCCAGCAAGAGGAAGUCGGCGGCUGAAGAUGACCUCUCGGAUGCUUCUUUAUCUAGCCUGGAGGAUGAACCACCGAAAAAGCAGACCAAGUCGGGGACUUCUACGACAAAACUGCCGGAUGUUAGGAGAGAAACUUCUGCCAAUGGUGACAAAUUAAUCGAUUUGACCGGAAAGAAAUACGUUACUGUCCGCAAUUUUAAAGGUCGCGUUUUCGUGGAUAUUCGGGAAUACUAUGAGGACAAGAGUGAUGGCGGCCUAAAGCCCGGGAAAAAGGGCAUUUCAUUGAACGUGGAACAGUGGGACAAACUGAUAGAAGUUAUGGACGUUUUGAACGCGGAUAUCAAGAAAAUGUAA